AUGGCGGAAGGGGAUCAUGUCGAUAUUCCCGAAGAGGUCAACCCCUCGGUCCCGACUCUCUCUCCACCACCGCAAACGCACGCUCCACCGCCUUUCACUCCUGCAAGCGUGCUCCCGGUGUACUCUGGCACUCUUCCAACACAUCCCCCGCCCCCGGCGUCUUCGGGGGCGCCUCAGCCACCGGUCUCACCAACCUCCGCCGCCACCGAUGACCAAGCUCGCAUUGCGGCCCUCGAGGGCACGGUCAACCAAAUGGCCACUAACAUGGCAGAGCUGCUCGCCCUGCUCAGAGGACCCAACCGGGCCUCCUCGAGUUCCACACCUCCGCCAGGACAAGGGCCAAUGACUGAGCCGACUCCCUGGAUUCCGCCGACUCAGGCCCUGGAGAAUAUGGAGGCACCCCCGCCGCCAACAUUGCACACGUCCAUGGCUCAUCCUGUCACCGGCCCAUAUCCGCCACCACCGGCCCCCACGGCCGUCCCUCUUCCACCGGCAGCCUUCUUAUCCUCGGAACACAUUCUUCUGAUCGACGCUGGGAAGAAACUUGACAUGGGCAUCAAGCUUGGAAAAAUAGAAGGACCGACCGGAAAGGAGGAGCAAUCAUCAAAGAAUGCCGCUACUCUGCCAUCACCAACGGAACUCCCCAUGCGGGUCACAAACGCAGCUGCCUUGCGCUACCCUGACGAGAAGGGUCCUAAGCCGACAAGCGCGUCGAACAAUCGAUAG